AUGUUAUCACCUCCAUCUUCCCCAGACUUCAUAAUAUUAUCACACAAACAGCUUUGUCUCUUGAGCCUUUCUCUACUAUUACCAAUCGACAACAGCUUCAGUCAGCUGUUAGAACCAUCCCCCCUUGCGAUAGACACCCUCUAG